AUCUGCUCUCUCUCCUCUUUUCUCAUUGAAUCAUUGUCUUUGGAAACCAGUCUGUGUGUGUCGGUGCGCAGACUGGAGCCAGUCUUGCAGUUUCACACAUCAGCCCAGAUGUUUUCAGUUUGACUUCCCCCUCCGUCUCGUCUGGAUGCCCCCGCCCUUUGGUGCCCGAGGAUAAGGGGAGGAUGGACACAGACAUGAUGGACGCACACCCAGCGUUAGGAGUUUUUACAGACAAACUGUAGGUGAUAUUUAGCAAUGCAGCAGAGAGGAGGAAGAAAGAUCACCUCAUUUCUUCAUCAGACCCUGCGUGAAGCAUGCCGACCCAAACCUGGACGCUACUGCAUUCCUGCUCAAUACUUAACUAAAGUCUUCAGAAGAUGGUGACAAUGAGGAGGAUCUUCCAUGUGAAGGGAGAUGUGAUGUGCACCAUGCUGCUCCUGGUGCUAUUCUGUCUGCUGCUCUAUGCCCGCCAGGUGGUGCUGUCCUCUGGGUGGGACAGGCCUGUCUGGAAGCUAGAAAUCCAUGGCUCUACCAGCUCCAGCAGGACCUUGCUGGGCGCCAGCGGGGCCAAAGUAGGCCAGGAGUCUCCAGGGCAGAUCCCAUCCGGCCCCUCAGAGCCACAGCUGCCUCCCUGCAACCCCCAAUCCAAGUCCAAACCUCCUCAGCCCAAGUCCAAACCUCAGGUCAAAUCUAAGGGGAAAUCCAAGACGCGGCGGAAAACUGCUGUGCCGACUAAAACCGCUGGCAAGCCCCUGCCCACGAUGCCACCAUUUGACUUUGAGGGCUAUCUGAGAGAAAAGGACAACAGGAACUUUAAGCUGCUCAUAGACCAGCCAGAGAAAUGUCACCUCGGAGAAGCAGAGGAAGAACAAGAAAGAGGAAGUGAGGGGUCUAUUACUGCUCCCUACAUGCUGAUUGCGGUGAAAUCUAUCCCUGCAGAUUUUGAUAAACGUCAGGUGGUACGUCGGACCUGGGGUAAAGAGGGACUCUUUAAAAAUGGUGUGUCCAUCCGUACCGUUUUCCUGCUGGGGGUUCCCAGGAAUCGGACUGCUCUGCCUCUGUGGGAUCGUCUCUUGACCUACGAGAGUCAAACCUUUAGGGAUAUCCUGCUCUGGGACUUUGAAGACACCUUCUUCAACCUGACACUGAAGGAAACCCAUUUUCUGAAAUGGGUUAACAGCAGCUGUCCUCGUGUCAAAUUCAUCUUCAAGGGUGAUGCCGAUGUGUAUGUUAAUGUGGAGAAUAUACUAGAGAUGCUACAAGGCCAAAAGCCAGACACGGAUCUGUUUGUUGGUGAUAUUAUUAUCCAUGCUAAACCCAUUCGCCGACGCAGUUCCAAAUACUAUGUGCCAGAGUUUAUUUACGGAGGGGGUUUGUACCCGAAUUACGCUGGGGGAGGAGGGUUUGUCAUGUCGGGACAUACGGCUCGCAGACUUAGCUCUGCCUGUCAAAAGGUGGAGUUGUUCCCUAUUGAUGAUGUCUUCCUGGGAAUGUGCCUCCAACUGAUUGGCGUCAAACCAUCACGCCACCAGGGCUUUCGGACCUUUGGAAUUCCCCGACCGUCGGCAGCACCCCACCUCCAGACGUUCGACCCCUGUUUUUACAGGGAACUCAUGGUUGUUCACAGCCUCAGCGUUCCUCAGAUCUGGCUCAUGUGGAACCUCCUGCACGACCCCAAUCUGAGCUGCCACAACAGGACCAGCCCGACAUCCUGGCCCUUUAAGUGGAAACACAAGAUGGGAGAAGAGACGGAUUACGGUGAGAAGCAGGUGUUUGUCACACAUUAGUGACUCCCCACAGGGCCCAGUGGGAUCUGCAAGAGCUCUAGCGAGGACAUAAUGGUUAUAAAGCAGGAUCUGUGGCCAACUUGAAGGAUGUGUUCAAAAGCACAGUCGAGUCAUGUGAGACUCUUUUCCAAGCUGGCAGAUCAUCUCUGGGGGAAAUGAAUUGGCAAAGGCCUAAUGUGCUUCAGAUCUUUUGAAAAGGAAGCCAAAAUAGAAUUUAGGGUGUAGCCAUCCAAGCCUGUCUGUGUUCACACAGUGUUUAUGAACAACCAUGCAGCAAGAAUUUGAUUUCAAGAUUAUAAGAAGACUUUUGAAUGUCUUAUGGAUAUGUAUUGUGUUUUGUUUACACAAAGAAACAGUAAGAUCUACAAGGACACCAUGACAAAUGAUGUUUUUACUUUAGAGUUACUUUAUAAGGAAGUUCUCGUUUUUUAUAUAAAAGCUGAUUUUCUCACACAGUACAUUUAACAUAAAUGUAGUUUUCAAUGAAUUUGCCCUCGCAAAAUAGACCACAGAGAUAGCGGGGGGGAUGCCUGACAUCCAGCGAUUCUUCUACCAUCAAUGCAAAUAGUUUAGCAUCUUUUAUUAUUUAUUUUUUAAAGUUUCCUGUGGAACAAUUUGUUCCCUGAAUUUGCCUAGGGUCUGUAAAAGUUCAAGGAAGAUUCCCUGGUUGACAGAUUGUUUUCAAGGUCUCCUCUCGGUGACAGCUCCUGCUCUGCAGUUUGACGCAAUUUCUUGAGGGGGGUUUAACUGGUGUUUGUAUGCAGAUUCGUGACGUGGCUAGCACCCCUUCCAAGCGUGAAAGGCCAGGACUAGUGAUGGCUGUGUGUACUGUGUGAGUGGGAAAACGGAACAUUUUUGUGUGUUCUCACUGUGAAUCUCAAGCAGAGACUUUCUUCACUUCCUUAUGCUGGAUGGAGCCCCAAAUGGACAGUCGCAUUGUCUGUUUCCUGGAGGAACAACAAAUAGAGCCUAAAUGCGAACCAGCUGGGACCAUAAAUCACACACACACACACACACACACACACACACACACACACACACCACACACACACACACACACACACACACACACACACACAACACACACACCACACACACACACACACACACACACACACACACACACACACACUUGUUGAAAAGCCUGAUACUUGAGUCAGGCAUGUGUUGCUACGGUUGGAUGUAAAUCCUGCUCCAUCUCAGGGUUCAUUCAAUUAGUAGUCAAAAUCUCAGAUGUGGAUGUGUGAAUCCAUUUUAUUACAUAGGAUAUCCUAGAGACAAAUACAGAGUCAACCUAACACGGCUCAACCCCAAAUCUGUCUGACUCUCUGCUCCUGGACCCCCUGGUCUUAUUCACAAAGGGUGGGGUCUCUUGGCCACAGUGGUGUGUGUGUGUGCCUA